AAGCUGGAUCGCUGCAGCGUGUCGCGCGUCUUGCUUCGGCGGUGGAUUCGUUCCGACUUGCGUGCGCGACAAUCCUAUUAAUUUUACGGUCAUCAUGGUGCAGAUCGUCGGCAAGUAUCAGUACGCGUCGGCCGAAAACUUCGAGGAAUACAUCAAGAGCUUCGGUAGGGCCGAGGUCACCGAAAUGUUCCUGCGUUCGACGCCGCUCGUCGAGAUCCAGCAGAACGGCGAUCAGUGGUCCAUCACGGUCACCAACCAGGGCAAGUCCGCCAACACUGCCACCUUCAAGCUCGGAGAGACCUACGAUGAGCUGCUCCCGUCCCAAGGUGUUACUUUGAAGAGUGUCACCACGAAGGAAGGCGACAACUUUAGAACAGAAACUACAAUGGGCACAGACAAGUCGAUCCGAAUUUACGAAUUUACAGAUACCGGAAUGAUCGUGCACUUAUCUUCUACCAAAAGCGACAUUAAAGCCAAGCGUAUAUACAAGAGAGUUUGAACCGAGGUUUUAAUUUAAACAGCACAUAAUAACACGCAUACAUACAUACACACACAUUGUUUUAUUAAAGAGAUUGCAAAGUG